GUGCAUUUCCCAAUCGGGAAAUAUUCUUGAUAGAUUUUUUUUCGGCUUGCCCCGAUCGCCUGGCGGGCCCGACGACAACCAUUUUUUCCGUUGUUGUUUGACUCGACGUUGAAGGGGCUUUUUUUUGGUGUGCACGUCUUCGUGCAACACUUUUGGUCGUCGGAAACCAGUCUUAGUUUGGGUAUAAGCUUGGAUUAACUGGGUCAAUUGGGUCUCGUGUCCUCAUAUCCCUGAUUUGGUGCAGCGUGGUGGAGGUGUGGAACCGCCUUUAGGCUUCAUCAAGAACAAUAGGACCACCCUAUAAAACCUCGUUUCUGUGGCACUCGACGACUCGUUUGUACCAUCUCCAUCCCUUUCCGUCGCGACAGAGCGCUCACCCACGUCGCCAUCCAUGCCAGCCUACGAAAUACACGGCCCAUUCGGCCUCAAGUUCAACUUACAAACCCGCGUCCCGGGCGUUCUAUCUAUAAUUUACGCAUCAGGAGAAGAGGAGAGCAUGACCGUUCCUGCUCGCUCGUGCUCAGAGCCGACCGCGGAGUCCAGCCAAGGUCCCUCGUUUGGCCGCAGGACUCAAAGCGAGGUAUCUCUCUACGUACCCACCCCUAUCUACCCACCCGCGGGCACAGAUAACCUUGCAGAGAUCCAUCGCGCCACGGCGCCAUCUCCCGUACCGACAGAAAUAAUACCAACGGAUCUCACCUCAGAAGAUAUCGUUGAAGACAUUCAGCGUAUGGGUAUCAAAGUGCGCGAUUUUGCGUACGAGCCUGUAUCGCUGGCGCAGCUGGCCCCUGAACUCUUUGACCCGAUCAUGGCUUAUAAUUAUUAUGAAGACGCGGUGGCGAACCCCGACCCGCAGCGACCACCAUGCAGCGGUCGGAACUUGCGGAGAUUAAUUGACCUUGGCUGGGUUUCCGAGGCUGCCGACCGUCCACGGUGGCAGAAAAAGGACGCAGAGGCGUUGGAGGCAUUUGAUAGUCGACCACAUUAUCCAUGGGAGGCCUACAAGUUAUUGAUGCCGACGAAAGAUAAGCUCAAGGAAGUAGCACGAGCUCGGUUGCAAUUCGUUCACGGUGGCCAGUGGCCACCCGAAGUGUUGGCGCGUGGCUUGGCGCGGAUAGGUGGCUUUCUUCCUCAGGAUACGUCUUCGGGAAAACGUCCCGCCGACAUUGCGGACACAGAGCCACAAUCUGAAGGUCCUCCGUCAAAGAAAUUGCGCUCGCUGGGUGACACUCCCGCAGGAACCCAAGUACAGUCGAUGUCUGGGCAAUACACCCCACUCGCUCUGGUAAAUGGUAAAGCUCCCCAACAAUUCCCUGCUGGCCGCCUACCCGAAAAUUCUUCCCCUCCGUUACGACCAGCAAGCACACCCGUUGCAUCCAAUCUGGGUACCCCAAGGCAGUCGUCAGAAACACCAUCAUCCGACUCUCGUAUCCAGCGACCACUCAGUACGCCAGCUAGCGCAGAACCGCCGAAACAAUAUCCAGCAGGAUACUCAUCAGACGGUUCUCCUUGUUCUUCACUCACCAAGGGUUCACCCGUUGGUCGACCUUUGCAGCGUCAGCAAACCAUGCCCUCUCUACCCUACUGAUCUCACGCACUCGGACUCACGGACUGUUUGUACUGAGAGCCCCAAGUCCUAAUCGAUCACAUUUGUUUUUCGCAGCAAUAUUCUUGUCAUUGGACAUGAAUUGUGCCAAUAGUGUUUAUUUAACAUAUAUUGCACAGUUUGUACACUUCACGGUCUCGUUUGUCUUAUCGGUGGACGGGCGGCGUUGUAUCGGGUCUUUUUUAUUGCUUCUUUACAGUGUCCUUGUAAUCCGCGUUCAACCUGACGUGUUUCAACGUUUAAAAAAUAUCAGAUGGAGGUUCGAAAUCCUUCGGCCCCCUAAAUUUCGGAAAGAAAACUUCGGGGCGUGACCUGGCGUGACUGCGUUGAUCGUGUA